GAUCGCAACUACAAGCCGAAAUGGCCCCAAAUAAGAAAGGAGAGAAAAAGAAGGGGCGUUCAGCCAUCAACGAGGUUGUGACCAGAGAGUACACCAUCAAUGUCCACAAGCGCAUCCAUGGAGUGGGUUUUAAGAGGAGGGCGCCCCGCGCCAUCAAGGAGAUCCGCAAGUUCGCCAUGAAGGAGAUGGGAACUCCUGAUGUCCGUAUCGACACUCGCCUCAACAAGGCAGUGUGGAGCAAGGGUGUCAGGAACGUGCCAUACAGGAUGCGUGUACGACUGUCCAGGAAGCGUAAUGAGGACGAGGACUCUCCCAACAAACUGUACACCUUGGUCACAUACGUACCUGUCACCACAUGCAAAGGUCUGCAGACAGUCAAUGUUGAUGAAAACUAAACUCUGCGAGUCGAAUAAAUAUGAUAAAAGAA